AUGCUCACAAGAAAUACAGGAAAAUCUCUUCAUCGUCUGGCACCGAGUUUACGUCUCGCUGUUCGAGUGCUAGUCAAGCAAGCCAAGAGUCUGGCCGCCGGCUAUCCUGAAAACGUGCGCUCGACUUACCAAAAAGCGGCCGACGAUCUGAGGGCUCCGUACUGGGACUGGGCCCUCGAGCCCGAUCUCCCCAGCGUUAUACUCCCCGAGACGAUCACAGCCAAGGUUGCUACAGAGACUGGCGUUGUCGCAAAAGACAUCGUCAAUCCGCUGUACACGUACAUCUUCCCCAAAGAAACAUUAAACGGCAAAUUCGGACAGUUUCAGCCGGGCGAGCGCGUAUACAGGUGCAGCACCACGACGCAGGCGAACAAUAAUCUCCACAACAGCAACUUAAAGGCUAGUCUGUUUGAUGCGUUUGUACGGGCGAAGUCGUUUUCCGACUUUAGCACGUAUUCGGCGGUUGGCAAUAGCGUCGAGGGCGUCCACAAUUCUGUUCACCUGGAUGCUGGCUGCGCCGGCCAAUUCAUAGACUCGGAGUAUUCUGCUUUCGACCCUCUCUUCAUGCUGCAUCACGCGAACGUUGAUAGGUUAUGGGCAUACUGGCAGUCCAUACAUCCCGAAAAGUCCACCUUUAAUGGCACGUACAGUGGCAAGUCGCGCUUCAACAGUGCCGAAGGCACAAUGAUCACUCUGGACUCGCCUUUGCAGCCAUUUAGACAGGUCAAUGGCGAGUGGCACACCUCUAGCACGGUCAACGACAUCAAAGUGCUUGGGUAUGCGUACCAAGGCCUCGAAUACUGGACCAAGUCGGCAGCAGAGAUGCAGGCGAGCGCCUUGAAGACGGUCAACUCGCUAUAUGGUGAUAAAGAGGAGGAAAAGACGACAGAGCCAAGUAGCAAGGAGUCGGCGGUGACAACCAGCCAGGAGUCGACAGUGACCACUUCGGCGCAAUCGGCGGUAACAACCAGCCAGCAGUCGAUAGAAACCAGCAACACCCAGUCGAUACCUCCUCAGCCCAAGGGCACAACUACCAGUAUUUUGACGUCUUCGAAGCCCUCUGAGAAUACAGGUAGCUCUACCGUCAGUUCGUCCACGGCGGCGGAAACUAGCAGCCCGCUCACCACAUCGUCCUCACAACCAGGCCAUGGUGCCUGCAUCGCCCCUUCUACAACGACGUCGAUGGCAGCUAGGGCACACGCUGCCUUGAAAGUGAGGGCAAAAGGCAGCUACAAGCGCUUCUACGCUGGCAUCGCCGUUGAUGUGGCCUAUCUCCCCGUGCGGCCCUGCCAAAUUGAAAUCUUUCUUGACAAGUGGCGCGCCGGCAGCAUGGCCAUUAUGAAAAUGCCAGAGCGGGGUGUCGUUUAUGACUCAAUUUCGCUCAAGGAUGCCAUCGCCUCGGCAAAGCUCGGUGGUGUUGCGGAUGACGAGCUACUCCGCCGGAUCCAGACGCGAAUCAGCGCAAAUCUUCGCAAGGUCGAGGUUGAGGUAGUGGAAAUGGUUGCUGCCUCAUCGGACUUGGAACUGCCCACAGUGAUCAAGUCGGACAAGCAUGUAGUGCUUGAUAAGUCAGUGUCGGGCAGUGCUGCUCAUUAG